AAGGAUGUAGUUUAUCUUGGAGAGGGCAAAGACAUCAGUGCCAUGUGGUCAAUGUAAAUAAAAGUUAUUUACGGUGAAAGUAAUCACGUUUUAAACUAUGGAAGAAGGCACUGAACGUCUAAAUUUCAUUCCAUGUGUGAGAUGGGUGAAGAAAGGCGUUGCAGCGGAAAAUCCGCACAAGGUAACACUAACAGAUGAGGAAAUGAAGGAGAUUAUUGAGCAAGCAGGAUGUGAAAUCAAAGAAGACACACAAGAUAUGAAUAGUGAUUCAGAUGAUGACAGUGAAGCAGAAGUAAAUGAACAUGAAGCAGAAGAAACUUUGAACACUGAUGAAGAUGACGAAUACAAUCUUAAGAAUUAUGAUAAAGAAGGAGAUGAUGUAGGUAAUCUAUUUGGAAUUGGCAGUCUUGUUGUUCACGAUACAUCAGGGAAAGACCCAUAUGUCACAUUGGAUGAUUCAGAUGACAGUGAAAAAGAUGACGAGAUAAUAAAACCCGAUGACAAUUUAGUAGUUGUUGGACAUGUUUCAGGAGAUGCUAGUGUACUGGAAAUAUAUGUGCACAACGAGGUGGAAGAUUCAUUAUAUGUUCACCACGAUCUGAUUCUGCCUGUUUUUCCUCUGUGUCUUGAGUGGCUGAGCUAUGAUCCUGGAGAACAAAAACCAGGUAACUUGUGUGCUGUUGGCAGCAUGUCUCCCAUAAUUGAUGUUUGGGACCUUGAUAUUAUUGACAGUCUGGAGCCAGCAUUUAGAUUGGGCAAUAAAGCUAAGAAGAAAAAAGGAAUUAAGCGACAUGGUCAUAGAGAUGCAGUACUUGACAUAACAUGGAAUACACACCUUCCGCACAUUUUAGCAAGUGGUUCAGUGGAUCAGACUGUACUGUUAUGGGAUCUGGACAACGGCAAGGCAGCUACGACACUUACUCAGUUCUGUGAGAAGGUAACAAGUGUGAAAUGGCAUCCUUUUGAGUCUCAGCUGCUUCUUACUGGAUGUUGUGACAAACUGGCAAGAGUUUAUGACUGUCGAAUUGACGAUUGUUUCAAAGCUUGGGAACUUGAAGGAGAAGUUGAGAGAGUAUUAUGGAACCACUUCAACCCAUUUCAGUUUCUGGCAGGAACAGAAAGUGGAACAGUAUAUUGUGUUGACUGUCGUAAUGAGAAACCGAUUUGGCAGCUGGCUGCACACCAUGGAGAAGUUGCAGGACUGUCUCUGAGCUGUUCCUGCCCUGGCCUCCUUGUUACAGCAGGCAGUGACAAGAAAGUGUGUGUGUGGGACAUUUCAGAAGACACGCCUGUACAUGUUGCUGAGAAAACGUACAAUAUGGGGGCUAUCCAGUGUCUAGAUGCUUGUCCUGAUGCCCCAUUUCUUUUCUGUGUUGGCGGUGAAAAGAGUGAUUGUAAUUUCCGUGUUCUUGAUCUCAUGCAAUAUUCUACUGUGGAAAAGAGAUUUUCUUCAAGACCUUUGCUGCAAGCUGUUCCAGAAAAGGAAUCUGACAGUACUGAGGCCAAAACUGAAACUGAAGAAGGCUCAGUUGGAAAGAAAUCAUCUUCAGGAACAUUAUUCUCAUCUGUGUCAAAUAAGGCAUCCAAAAGUAUGUUUUCCAAAAGUGAAACUGAAGAAACUAUGGAUGUCUCGGAGACACCAGUAACUGCAUUAGCUGCUCUUUCUCUAGAUAACACCACAGCAUGGGAGAAACCUUCAACGAGUUAUAAACCUGGAAGUGCCAAGAAAAAGGGUUUGAAAUCUAAGAAAAGAAAGAGAUAGCAGCUGUAGACAGUUACCUGUGUGCUUGUUUUGUACAGUGUCCUGUUAUAUUGUAGCCCCUAAAGCUACAGUCGUGCUUGUAAUUUAUUAAUAAAUAACUUUGUUAAAAUUAA